UCGCUCCGCCAGCUGAACGCGAUGUCUGCCUCUGCGAUCCUGGACAGAAGUGGAACUCAGUUAGGUUUUGACAGCGGAACGCGUAGGUACAGUGAAACGGGUAGCAACGGGAAAGCGGGUUUAGUGUAGAACAGAACAGACUACGAAGUACAGAAAAAAAAUUUUAAACGAACCACAGACGAUUUGUUAAACAGUUGCAAAUACCAAACCAAAAGUUAAAGUUGUGUUUAUAUUUGAUCGUUGAGUUAUUGUUAUUUAAAAGUUAAACGAGCGUUAUUUAUGAGAAUCUAAGACAAAAUCCAAAGAAUCGAAACAAAGUUAAACGAAAAGUCGCCCCUCCAAAAAACAAAAAAGAAAAACAUAAGUUCGAAGAUGUCUUUCUCGAAGGCCAAAUUGAAGCGUUUCAACGACGUGGAUGUGGCCAUCUGCGGCUCGCCAGCUGCCUCAAACAGCUCGGCGGGAUCGGCGGGCAGUGCCACGCCCACCGCCUCAACGGCGUCAGCUGCUCCGCCCACCGUUCAGCCGGAACGUAAGGAGCAGAUCGAGAAGUUCUUCAAGGAUGCCGUUCGCUUUGCGUCCAGUUCGAAGGAGGCCAAGGAGUUCGCCAUUCCCAAGGAGGACAAGAAGUCCAAGGGAUUGCGUCUCUUCCGCACUCCCUCGUUGCCGCAGCGUCUUCGCUUCCGUCCGACGCCGAGUCACACGGAUGUGGCCAGUGGCACCGGAAGUGGGGCCUCCACAGCAGCUUCGACUCCUCUGCACUCGGCGGCCACGACGCCCGUGAAGGAGGCCAAGUCCGCCAGCCGGUUGAAGGGCAAGGAGGCUCUGCAGUACGAGAUCCGCACCAAGAACGAGCUCAUCGAGAGCCAGUUGAGCCAGCUGGACGUACUGCGUCGCCACGUGGAGCAGCUGAAGGAGGCCGAGGCCAAGUUGCGCGAGGAGCACGAACUGGCCACCGCCAAAACAGACCAGCUCAUCGAAGCGCUGACUGGCGAGAACCUCUCGCACAAGGCACUCAACCAGCAGCUGAGCCAGGAGCACGCUGAUCUCCUCGAGCGCCUGGCCGCCAUGGAGCAGCAGUUGCAGCAGCAGCGCGCAGAGCACGAGAGCCAGGUGGAGAACCUGAUCGCAGAGAGCGAGGCCCUGCGUCUGGCCAACGAGCUGCUGCAGAAGGCCAACGAGGAGCGGGACGUGGUGGAGGAGCAGCUCCAGGCGCAACUCUCUGCUUUGCAGAAGGAUGUAACCCAGGCCAGGGAGCACUGCAGCUUGGAGCAGGCCAAGACAGCCGAGAACAUUGAGCUGGUGGAAAACCUGCAGAAGAGCAACGCCUCCCUGCUGAACGACGUGAUGCAGCUGAAGCAGCAGAUCGAGCAGGAUGCUUUGGCCUACGGCCAGGAGGCGAAGAGCUGCCAGGCGGAGCUGGAGUGCCUGAAGGUGGAGCGAAACACUCUGAAGAACGACCUGGCCAACAAGUGCACGCUGAUCCGUUCACUGCAGGACGAGCUGCUGGACAAGAACUGCGAGAUCGACGCCCAUUGCGAUACCAUCAGGCAGUUGUGCAGGGAGCAGGCUCGCCACGCGGAGCAGCAGCAGGCGGUGGCCAAGGUGCAGCAGCAGGUGGAGAACGAUCUGGAGAGCGCCGUGGAGCGCGAGAAGAGCUACUGGCGCGCCGAGCUGGACAAGCGCCAGAAGCUGGCCGAGAACGAGCUGAUCAAGAUCGAGCUGGAGAAGCAGGACGUGAUGGUCCUGCUCGAAACCACCAACGACAUGCUGCGCCUGCGCGACGAGAAGCUGCAGAAGUGCGAGGAGCAGCUGCGCAACGGCAUCGACUACUACAUCCAGCUGAGCGACGCACUGCAGCAGCAGCUGGUGCAGCUCAAGCAGGACAUGGCCAAGACAAUCACCGAGAAGUACAACUAUCAGCUGACUUUGACCAACACUCGAGCCACCGUCAACAUUCUGAUGGAGCGACUGAAGAAGUCCGAUGCGGAUGUGGAGCAGUUCAAGGCGGAGCUGGAAUCGGUGCAGCUGGCCAAGGGAGCGCUGGAGCAGAGCUACCUCACACUGCAGGCCGAUGCGGAGCAGCUGCGCCAGCAGGUGAACGAGAGCCAGGAGGCGCUGGCCGCAUUGCGAUCCUCGUCGCAGACGCUGCAGAGCGAGGUAUCGUUGAAGGAGUCCCUGCUCCACGAACUGCUCGCCGGCGAGGCGGAGACGUUGGCCAAAUUCAAUCAGAUUGCUAACUCGUUCCAGGAGCGCAUCGACGGCGACGCCCAGCUGGCCCACUACCACGAGCUGCGGCGCAAGGACGAGACGCGCGAGGCCUACAUGGCGGACAUGAAGAAGGCCCUCGACGAGUUCGCCACCGUGCUGCAGUUCGCCCAGCUGGAGCUGGACAACAAGGAGCAGCUGCUGGUGAAGGUGCGCGAGGAGUGCGAACAGCUCAAGCUGGAGAACAUUGCCCUCAAGUCCAAGCAGCCGGCUUCCGCCUCGCUUUUGGGCACUCCCGGCAAGGCCAACCGGUCGAACACCACCGACCUGGAGAAGAUCGAGGACCUGCUCUGCGACACGGAGCUGCGUUCCGACUGCGAGAAGAUCACCUCGUGGCUGCUCAGCUCCGCGGAAAAGUGCGUCCGCCAGGACAGCAGCAACGAGAUCAGCGAGCUCCUGCUCGCCGGCAAAUCCUCGCCGCGUCCCGCUCCCCGCACCCCCAAGGCGGCCGCAUCGCACACCCCGCGCAGUCCGCGCACCCCCCACACGCCCCGCACCCCGCGUUCCGCGGCGAGCACCCCCAAAAAGACGGUGCUCUUCGCCGGCAAGGAGAACGUGCCCAGUCCGCCCCAGAAGCAGGUGCUCAAGGCUCGGAACAUCUAGGCCACCACUUUGUACCAACUACUCUACUCUACUAUUAUAAAUUAUAUACCCUAGCUAAGAUCUGAUUUGAAAUAUACGCACUCACUUUGUAGACAAAACACCUACAACCUCUGAUUAAAUAUUAAUUCGUUUGUUUAUUUGGAAACUUGAUAUAUCUUUGUCGAAAUAUUCCUUCAGUGAACACGGCUAAUUUUUGUUCCUUUCAUUUUUACAAUAUUCCUUCCAUUCUUACAAUAUAUAACAAAAUGUUUUGCAUUUGAUUAUAUGAUACAGUAAUACUGUUUUCACAGAAGAAAAAUAUUUUAUAUUUACGCCUUAAGCGUACAGUUUCUUUGAUAAACAAUAAAACUAAACUGCAUUCUUAAAAGCAGAUAUUUCUUGAUUGUAAA